AUGGCAGGAGUUUUGUUUGAAGAUAUUUUCGACGUAAAAGACAUCGAUCCUGAGGGUAAAAAAUUCGAAAGAGGUAAGUUUCAACCAAGAAUUUAAUUGUUAAGAAUGGUCAAAUUCUUUUGGUUGUAUAACCUCUGAGUCUUCUUUCUUUCAAUAAUGUAAAUUAUGAGUCCCAACUUUGCAAAGCUCCACAGCUUGUUUCGUUUCGUUGGACACUCACUGUUUCACUUUAAUGGUAUCUGAGCUAAACUUCAGAAUACCUGGCCGCUUGCUUGCAUUUCGUUGAACUGAUGAUAAAGGGGCUGUUUGUUUUAUGUCUCAUACUCAAAACCGGUUCUACAAGGCAAUCAAGUGGCUGGGUAUUCUGAUUUUGCUCCAGUGUAAAUGCAGAGUAGUCUCUAUUUAGGCACGGAUCUACACUGGUUUCCACGGUUUACGGGAAUCGGUCAGAUUUCAAUGAUGGGCGCUGUCAUGUGUUAGGAUGCAUGUGCCAGUCUCCUUUGAAAAUGAGCCUACUCGAUCUCUACAAUAAGUAUAAUUAUUAGAGAGAUUUAGAGUGAUGUUUAUGGAAGCGUCAGAUCUAAGUUGAGAAUUUCUCAAGAUGGAAAAUGGGCAAGUUACUAAAAAUAGUCCAAAACAACUGAUGUAGACAAGACUAAUGUGAGGCUGCUAAUUAUGGGGUAGAAGUAAUGAACUGCAAAGAGUAAGUAAAGUGAAAACUUCACUGACUUUUUUUUGCAUCACAUUAAUUGUUGUUAAAAACAAUGAAACCCAUGAUUGAUACCCGGGCAUUUUAGUUAUGUGACUUCAUACACGGCCAAAAAUCAUUGCAGAGUCCCAUACCUCAUUGGUCAGUUUAUCUUAAAAAACAAUACACGUGGCAAAAAGACGGCUUCCCAACAGCAGCUUGUUUUGCACUUUGAAACCUUCGAAGGAAAAAAAUGGAAUCUUGGUCUACAGUGGUCAACAUUUCUCAGUUAAGAUCUGUUUUUGUAAUUUCAAAAUGCUCUGUUUAGAAAAAAAAACGUAUAGUAAUCUAAGAAGUUUUAUGAAAGACUUUAAUCCAUGAACUCUGCGAUAAUCAUGCAAUAAUUUUUGAAGCUGCCAUUGACAGAUUUAGAACGAAAGGAUAGUUUGCAACUUCUUGGCCCAGAGCAGUUUAAUAUUAGUCUAUUGUUUCAUUCUUGUUAAUCUGCUUCUGGCUUUUCCACAGUAAAAUCUCACCUUUUUGCAGCCAAGUUAAAACUGAGCACUUUUGGUCACUCUCGAAGGGAAUUUCGGUAGGAAUAAAGUGAGCCUUCAGGAUAUAAAAUCCAGCAGUUUUGCCCAAUUAUGAAAUCUCUAAAAUUGGCAUGAAGUUUUAAAGAGUGUUGCUGUUUUCUUUCCCAUCCAGUGUCUCGACUUCAUUGUGAAAGUGAAAGUUUUAAGAUGGACCUCAUACUUGAUGUAAAUACUCAGAUCUACCCAGUGGAUUAUGGUGAAAAAUUUCGACUUGUUCUAGCCAAUACUCUAAAAGAAGACGGUACCCCUGAUGAUGGAGAUUACAAUCCCUCAGAUACCAGUCUUUCUCGCGCUGAUCAGUUUGAAUAUGUUAUGUAUGGUAAAGUCUACAGAAUAGAAGGAGAUGAUGGUGCAAUGGAUGCUCCAACCAGAUUGUAAGUAUGCAAUAAUUUUACUGCACAGCUCAAUUCAGUUUUUUUUGCGGAUAAUGCCCCAGGUCAUUUACCAAUUCUCUGUCAAUAUAGGGAUCUUCUAUUUUGUACUGGCAAUAUUGUAAACAACCUUGAAAAAAAAGGCAACUUGAGGUUAUGUAAACAAACUACUUCAAAAUUAAAGAAUGUAAUGUAGUCUAGCACAUCAGCUGGAUGCUAUUUAGUAAGUAAAUACAUUUAUAUCUAUUGCCAUCUGUUUUACCAGAUUUGGCAUUUUAGGUGCAGAUUUGGUUGUUUUUUGUUCAAAAUUGGAUUUAAUUAUCAAACUUGUGAUUAAAGGAGUGGGAAUGGUAUACACGUAGACAUGGCAUGCUGAUAUUUGUACAGAGUAUUUUUUCAAAUUAAUAAAGUUUUCUAAGAUUUAGCAUCCAUUAACUUGACUUGUUGAGUCACCACCCAUACUGACCCAUAUGGCAGAUCUAGGGGAGGAGUUCCUGGGGGCUCACCUUAUUGAAAGGCCAAACCGAGGCCUGUAGGGCCAUGAAAAAUUGUGUUCAAUUUGAGGAUCUCUUAGCCUUUUCACAGACUAACUAUUUUCUCUUUAGAGACUGUCGAGUGCUCGUAUGAAAAUGUAAACCACAGGAGAUUUAUUGACCCCAAGGCAAACAGAGGGGAGGGGGUAGGGAAAGUAGAAAAUAGAGUUUUUUUUCUUGGGCUCUGUGCUCACUGUUGUAUCACUUAAGCACACACCAAAUUGUGGAGGAGAAAAGAAAAGAAAAAUGUCUGUGAGCAGGCUAGGCCCCUUUCUCAUGAGCUGAACAUGCUUUCCUGCUCUAUCAUUAUGUGCAUUGUAUUUGCUAAAUAACGGCAAUAAUUAUUGUUACAACAGGUAUGUUGAACUUAUUUUAAGUUGAAGCUUGUUACUUUUUCUUGUAAUACAGAGCUGCAUAUGUUUCAUUUGGAGGACUGCUCAUGAGACUUCAAGGUGACGCAAACAACUUACACGGAAUGGAAGUGGACAACCAUAUAUACCUGUUGAUUAAAAAACUGGCCUUUUAA